AUGUUAAGGAGACAAGCCCGUGAAAGAAGAGAAUAUUUGUACCGUAAGGCUCAACAGCUACAGGAGGCUCAACAGGAGCAAAAGAGACAAAUAAUAAAGGAAUCUUUAGCACAAGGUAAGCCAUUACCAAAGGAAAUUGCUGAAGAUACGGAACUGCAGAGAGAUUUCCGUUAUGACCAAUCUCAUCAAACAGAAAAUGAUGAAGAAAUAGAUAAUGAAUAUUCACACACUAGUGGUCUCGUUGACCCAAGAAUCAUCAUAACGACAUCUCGUGAUCCAAGUACUAGAUUGUCACAAUUUGCUAAAGAAAUUAAAUUAAUGUUUCCAGACGCAACAAGACUAAAUAGAGGUAAUUUGAUCAUGUCAAACCUUGUAUCUGCUGCCACAAAGUCUGGUACAUCUGAUAUUGUUGUGCUGCAUGAACAUCGUGGUGUACCAACUAGUCUCACCAUUUCACAUUUACCUCAUGGACCUACUGCAUCAUUUAGUUUACAUAAUGUUGUUUUAAGACACGACAUUAUGAAUAGAGGAAAUGUUAGUGAAGUCAGUCCACAUUUAAUCUUUGAUGGUUUUGAAACAAAAUUAGGUGAGAGAGUAGAAUGUAUAUUAAAGCAUUUAUUUGCUCCUGGUACUAAGAAGGAUAGUGAAAGAGUAAUAACUUUUGCUAAUAAAGGUGACUUUAUUAGUGUGAGACAACAUGUGUUUGUUAGAACAAGAGAUGGUGUUGAAUUAGCAGAAGUUGGUCCAAGAUUUGAAAUGAAACUAUUUGAAUUAAGAUUAGGAACCUUAGAUAAUAAGGAUGCUGAUAUCGAAUGGCAAUUAAGAAGAUUUGUAAGGACUGCAAACAGAAAAGAUUACCUUUAG